CUCUCCCCCCUCCUUCGACAUCUCUCCAAUCCAGGUUGGACUCAUCAUUCCAUUCAUUGUCUGAGCCUCGUUAUCGGAGAGGGCCUAGGCAAUCUCUUCAACACCCGGAAGGGCAUACAGUUUAUUACCUUGUAUGCUAGGUUGAAGUGAAAUUUGUUAUUCGUGGCGAGCCCGCGACCACAGCAUGCCAUGAACGGGACUCCCCGACUCCGCUCUGCCUUCCCUCAAACGCCGCAGACAACGCAAAGAACUCGAGCUUAUAAAACGCCGCCACCUCGACCAACAUCCCAAGAACCCGGAUUACGGAAAGCCUCGACCGCAUCGCCAGCUGCCCCCGAUGCACCCUCACCCCUCAUUCCAACCGGGAUCGUAGAUGCCCCGUCACAACGCCUCUAUGUCGUGGCUUUCUACUUGGCGCUCCAUGCGUGGCGAGUGUAUGAAUCUCUGAGCGCUUCCGACGAUCUGGACUCCACCUGGUUGUUUCUCAAAUGGGCUUCGAUUGAUGGCGUUUUUCUCUUCGGGCUCCAGGCACUCCGUAUACCUUGGCUGGAAUGGACCUUUCCAACGACACUAGCUGCAUUUCUUCUUCAUGCAGUCGGCAAUGUGUUCUUGAUGUUCCGCAUCCCCAUUCCGGUGGGUGUCUGGUUAUCUGGGAUGGUCAAAAUGGCUUAUGAUAGGGAAUUAUCCAUAUCCGAACGAAGUGUCAAGCCUGGAGAUAUCAUUCAUAAUGCAUCCCUCAUUUUGGGAAAGCAGAUAGUCCAUAUCUUACCAGAAGGGUCUGCCGUGCUAAAUCCGGAUCAAAUCCCGCUGUGUAUCAAUUCGCACGGGAAUACGGUCAAUCUUCCCAUCCGAAUCAACCAGACAGAUCCAAUUGCGGUGGAGCUCUUGCGACUAGAUUUCGAUAGCGGGGAAAACCAGACUAUUUCAAUACCACCCAAGCAGCUGAAGCAAUUAAAGCAGCAGUCGAAGCGUGAAUCUACAAGUUUGCAUCGUGAUCUUCUUUUCCCGGUUCGGCAGCCUGGGAUCUACCGCCUGACACGGGUAGUCGAUGAGUCUAAUCUCGACGUUCACAUGCGAACAUCCGAUGCCCUCGUUGUUUCCUGUCCCCAGGCGCUGAUCAAAAGUUCUCUCACGCACAAAUGCAAGGGUGAGCUAUCUAACCUAGUCCUUACGGUCGAAGGCACCCCGCCCUUGAAAAUCAAAUACAGCAGACAGGUGAACCGUCUCGAUCGAGGAUUCUCCUUCCAAAAUAUCCAAUCGGAUCAUUUACGUUCGCCCCUCAUAGGCCAGAGGAACUCGGCUGCCUUGUUCAGCUCCCGAGAGCCGGAUGUCUCGUGGGCUCAAAGUCAGAUCAUCGAAGUUCCCCUGAACGAGUCGUUGAAUGUCGGAGGGGAUUGGCUUUACUCGAUUGAGGAAGUACACGAUGGUUGUGGGAAUAUCGCGAAUUACUCGGCCUCUUCCCAUGUCGCUGAUCAAUCAUCUGCAAGCUCUUUGUCCCAAUCGCAUAAGUUCGCAGUCCAUGAAAGGCCUCGGUUGUCCUUGCACGGUUGCAACGACCAACAGUUCUUGCAGGUCGCUCGAGGAGAGAGCGUAGACUUGCCAGUCAAUUUUCACUCAUCGGGACAACAAUAUGGCCAAGAUGGCCCGUUCUCCCUUAUCUACUCAUACAAUGGCAAAGAACAGGAGGGCGCCGACAAUAUACCAAAUAAAAUUCACAAGCUAUCCCUCAAAAGUCUUGAUCAGAAGCCACAGAUCAAGGAUCCGGGAUGGUACAAUUUGGAAUAUGUGUCCAGUCACUUCUGCCCUGGAGAAGUGCUGGAACCAUCAUCUUGCUACCUGCAUAACCCACCAGAGCCAGAAGUUAUUGUUAAGCAUGAGAAGAUAUUUGAUAAGUGCGCAAACAAUCCGGUUGGCUUGUUGGUUGAUCUGGACCUCACUGGAUCGCCACCGUUUCGACUUAGAUAUACUGUGGAGCAUGCAAAGGGCGUUGAGACAAAAUCGCAAAUCAUCGACGGCCUACGUGCUCAGCUUGAUUUUACACCAUCAGAAGCCGGCUUCUAUCGGUACCGCUUUCUAGACGUGGCGGAUACGAUUUAUGCGCCUCGAUCCUUGAAAGACAGAACGCCUGUCCUAGAACAGGAUGUCAAGCCUCCGGCCUCUGCUCAUUUCCUUGAUUCGAGCGCCGUACGCAGGGCUUGUUUCGGCGAACCGGUAUCAGUGGACGUGGCAUUUGUUGGUGAGCUGCCGUGGACUUUGCAAUAUGAACUUGUGCACAAUGGGAAGAAAACGAAGCAUACUUUGAAGUCUGAGAGUGCAAUCGCUAGUAUCAAAACUGACAAGCUUGUCGGUGGCGGCGAGCACAGCCUCGUGCUCACAAACGUCAAGGAUCGUUCGAACUGCAAACAAAACCUUAGGGAUAGUAUAAGAAUCGACGCUCGCUCAAAGCCCCCCCAGGCGUCUUUUGGUGAAAUCGAAAAGCGCCGAGAUUAUUCGGCCCUCCAAGGCUCGAGAGUUGAUAUUCCACUCAGACUAAGUGGCGAGCGGCCAUGGGUAAUUAAAUACAGAGAAAGAAGCACCGAUUCUGCAGUUAUCGAAAAGACUUUCUGGCAGGAAAACAGCAUUCUGUCGGUCAACCAAGAAGGACAGUACGAGCUUGUCGGGGUGGCCGACAGUUCUUGUCCCGGAUCUGUCGAUCAAGCAGCCAAGGAUUUCAAGAUUUCUUGGAUACCUCGACCGCACAUCACGACUGUGGAUGGAGCUCCUGUGGGGGUCACCAGCACUAUUGAGAAGCGCGAUAUUUGCCAGGGAGACGAUGAUAGCCUUGAGCUCCGCUUGUCAGGCAACCCACCGUACAGCAUUCAGUAUGAGCAACAACGAAAAGCAGGCCGUGGGUCGCCUUCUGUGCGCGUACAAACAUUGAAGACAGCUUUACAUGCAGCUUCUAUGGAAAUGGACACUUCCGAAGCUGGACUCUACACUUACAAAUUCCGGGAAAUCGGCGAUAAUCUCUACGAUCACGAUCCGAAGACUAACCCCGUCGUCGUGACCCAGAGAGUUAACCCUCUGCCGUCUGCGCGAUUUGAUGCACCGGGUCACAUUUAUGGGUUUUGCAAGGAGGAUGUCAGCGGUGAAGAGCUGAUUCCCAUCACCCUCGAGGGGGUUCCGCCGUUUUCCCUCGAAAUAUCCGUCAAGCACCAUUCGAAGGCCAAGGCGGAGAUUGUAUCAAUCCCAAGCAUCGGAUCCAAUCGACAUAAACUCCCUAUACCGAGACGCCAUCUAGAUUUGGGACAGCACGUCGUCAGCAUCCAUAAAGUGAGGGAUGCACGAGGCUGCCAGCGAAGCAUUGACUUUGACACAUCGUCGGUGAGAGUCGCCGUAUCCGACGUUCCCACAAUAAUCCCUCUUGAAUCCAAGGUUGAUUACUGCGUUGGGGAACGAUUGUCUUUCUCGCUUUCCGGCCAUGCUCCAUUCGACGUGUUCUAUACAUUUGAUGGGGCGUCCAGAAAAGCAAAUUCUCGGACCACCGACUUCCGCCGCAUUGCAGAAAGGCCCGGAGUGUUCACCAUAACCGCUGUCAGUGACGGCGCGAGUGGGAAAUGCCAGGCUCACAAAAACAUCACCAAAACCAUCCACGAAAUGCCGAGUGUUCGGAUCAGCCGGGGUCAAACCUCGAUUGUCGACAUACACGAAGGCGGAGAGGCCGAGCUGCACUUUGAGUUCUGGGGGACACCGCCGUUUGAAUUCACGUACAUCCGGAGUUCCAACCCCCAAAAAGGCAAGAAGCCAGAGAUUCUGGACAUUAAGCAUGACAUCUCGUACGAACACAAGAAAACGAUCAGGACCUCAGAUGAGGGAACGUAUGAGGUUGUGGCAAUCAAGGACAAAUUCUGCUCCUUCUCUCAGACCCCCAUCGAGAAGUCCGAGCGAUAAAACCCCGGCUCCGGAAGAAAGGUAAUGUCAUUAAUGUUCAAACUGGUUUCUUUCCCUUUCUCUCUUUUUUUUAUGAUCUAGAAUAUAUAUCUUUCGUUGGAUUCAGUGACUCUAUUCCUUUG